AUGGCAGACGCCGGCUCGCGCUGCGUGGUUCCCAGCAACCUGUAUCCCCUCGUGCUCGGCUUUCUGUGCGAUAACCAGCUCUCGGACGUGGCCAACAAGUUCGCCAAGGCAACAGGCGCGACCCAGCAGGAUGCCAACGCCUCUUCCCUCUUGGACAUCUAUAGUUUCUGGCUCAAGUCCACCAAGGCCCCAAAGCGGAAGUUACAGGCAAAUGGACCAGUGACUAAGAAGGCUAAGAAGAAGACUUCAUCCAGUGACAACAGUGAGGACAGCAGUGAGGAGGAAAAAGCCCAAGGGCCCCCCACUAAGAAAGCUGCUGUACCUGCCAAGCAGGCCGGUCUGCUUCAGCACCCUGGAAAGGCUGCAGUCAAGGCAUCAGAGAGCAGCAGCAGCAGUGAAGAAUCCAGUGAUGAUGAGGAGGAGGAAAAAAAAAAGCCUGUCCAGAAGGGAGUUAAGCCCCAAGCCAAGACAGUCAAAGCUCCUCCUAAGAAGGCCAAGAGCUCUGAUCCUGAUUCUGACUUAAGCUCAGAGGAUGAGGUGCCAAAGAACCAGAAGCCAAAGACAGCACCCAUGGCAGCUAAAGCUCAGGCUAAAGCCCUAGCCAAACCAGGUACACCAGCUCGUCCCGCACCUAAAGUAGUCAGUGGCAAAGCAGCUGGUAGUAACCGCAGCAGCAGCAGUGAUGAUGACUCAGAGGAGGGGAAGGCAGCAGCCGUAUCUAAGAAGACUGUACCUAAAACGCAAGCUGUGGCCAAGGCCCCAGUGAAAGCAGCUGUCGCUCCUGCCCAAAAGAGUUCCAGCAGUGAGGACUCCUCCAGUGAGGAGGAGGAGGAGGAAGAGCAGAAGAAAAAACCAGGUCCCUAUAGUUCAGUUCCCCCGCCCUCUGUUCCCCCACCCAAGAAGUCCCUGGAAAUUCAGGCUCCCACGAAAGCUGCAGAGAAGCAGCAGCCUGUGGAGAGCAGUGAGGACAGCAGCGACGAGCCUGAUUCAAGUUCUGAGGAAGAAAACAGACCUCCAGCUAAGGCAGUCAUCUCCAGAGCAACUACUAAACCAGCUCCAGCAAAGAGCGCAGAGAGCUCUUCAGACAGCGCAGACUCCGACAGUUCUGAGGAUGAAGCUCCUGCCAAGCCAGCCGGUACCACCCAGAAUUCCUCGGGUAAGCCGGCUGCCGCUCCCAGGCAGUCUGCGGUUAAGCCAGCUACAACGCCCAAGCAGCCUGCAGCACUGGCCAGAAAGGCUGAUAGCACCUCCAGCGAGGAGGAGAGCAGUGCUAGCGAGGAGGAGAAGACGAAGAGGACUGUAGCCACCCCUAAGUCCAAGGUGAUGGCCAAAGCAGCUCCGUCUUUGCCUGCCAGGCAGGCCUCUCAGGGUGGUGGGGACAGCAGCUCUGAUUCAGACAGCUCCAGCAGCGAGGAAGACGAGCAAGAGGAGACGCCUAAACCCCCAGCCAAAAAGAAGCCACAGAAGGCAGGGGGAACUGUAGCCCCUUCCAAACCAGCCUCUGUGAAGAAAGCAAAGGCCGAGGGCAGCAGCACUUCUUCCUCUGAGGACUCCGGUGAGCAGGAGGAAGAGGAGAAGCCCAAGGCCAACGGCACUCCAAGACCACAAACCGCCAAGGCCAAUGGCACCUCUGCACUGACUGCCCAGAAUGGAAAAGCAGACAAGGACAGCAACGAGGAGGAGGGGGGCAAGAAAAAGGCAGCAGUGGCAGUUGCUAAGCCAGGUUCAGGAAAGAAGUGGAAGCAGAAUGAGGCUGCUAAGGAGGCAGAGACUCCUCCAGCCAAGAAGAUAAAGCCCCAGACCCCCAACACGUUUCCUAAAAGGAAGAAAGGAGAACGAAGGGGAUCCUCCCCAUUCCGAAGGAUCAGGGAGGAGGAGAUUGAGGUGGAUGCUCGAGUGGCAGACAAUUCCUUUGACGCCAAGCGGGGUGCAACCGGAGACUGGGGGGAGCGAGCCAAUCAAGUUCUGAAGUUCACCAAAGGCAAAUCCUUCCGGCACGAGAAAACCAAGAAGAAGCGGGGCAGUUACCGGGGAGGCUCCAUCUCUGUCCAAGUCAAUUCUGUUAAGUUUGACAGCGAGUGACCGUGGACCAUCUGUAGCACAGCAGGAGUGAUGGUCUGAGACCACUCACUUUCCCCAGUCGACCUGGGAACCCUCAGCUCUAUCGGGGGAGGGUGUCGGUGAGGAGAGCAGUUUAGAUUAGGUCUGAAGGCUUUGCGUCGUAACAUCCUCUAAGGUCCUUUUCUGUGUUUGUGGUUUUGUACAGAUUUGUUUUUGAGUGUUGGGUAGCAAGGACAAGGUA